CCCUGUGUCGGGCUGGGCCUGGGGGGUCUGGCUGUAGCUCCCCUCGGGACCAGGGCCGUGUUGAGCUGGGUGCUGGACAAAGGCAGGAUUCUCCCCCCGAAGCGCUUUCAGUCUAAGGGUUUGUUUGUCUGCACGUGACAGUUAAUUGGGUCGAAGUCAGAUUUGACUUUAGAGCAUAAUAGGUGUUACAUGGAGCUGGUCUGGAAGGACACCAUAUAUAGACACACAUGAGAUUUUCAAAGUGGAUUACACUAAACAGGAGCAAGGCGUUCUUAUUUCAGAAUAAAUGUGUCCACAUGGAAUGUUGUUCUGGAAUAACUCCAUGUGUAGACAAACCCUAAAGCCCUAACGCAUAUACAUGCUUAACUUUACAUACAAAUAGCUCCGCCAAGUUAAAUAUGUGUACAAGUCUUUGCAAAAUGAGAGCCAAUUCAGAAAGUGACAUAUAAGAGGGAUACAGUCUAAUAGAUACAAUUUAUAUGUACUGUACCUUUUUUUUCUCUUUACAAAUAAAUGCCAGCUAUCUCAAUCCAGCUAUUAGUUACUGGCUGAUUUCCUAUAGGCAUCAUGGCUCUAGAUUAGGGGCUAUUAUUGGCCUUGCAGUUUGUCUUUUGAUGCAGGUCUUUCAUUUGUCUAUUUGACUUCUGGAUUAAUAAACUAGUUGCCUUUCACUUCCUGCUGGCUGCUGUUACAUGUGCAGUAUACUAAGGAUAGUAGCUGAACUGAUUAUGAAACUAACUAACCUGAACCUCAAUCCCUUUUCCUACUUCAGCCUUUUGAGUAAAGUUUUCUUUUCCCAAGCUUGUUUUUUUAAUAGUGGUUUCCCCCAUUGGUUAGUAGCCUAUCGUUUUGAGGAGCCCUCCCAUUGCAAAGAAACAUGUCUCAAGAAAGUGAGCAUGGGAAAUGGACGGUAUCUAGCAGUGAUGAAAGUACAGAAGAAAAUAAUGAUGCUGAAAAGCCAUCUACAUCUUCAUUGUCUCACAGUGGACAUGGCAAAACUAGUGGAUCACAGUACCCAUGUUCAGAGGCCAGAAAAGUUGGUCACAAGAGAAAAGCCUCCCCUGUGAAAUUUAAUGAUAGAAGUUUUUCUAUAGAAAUUUCACCAGCAAAAAUCCAGAGAACUUCCCAAGAAGGUUUAGGUUGGUGCCUUUCAAGUAGUGAUGAGGAGCCUGAAUCUGAAGGCCAGCCACAGCAUGCACAAAAGGAAGCAGUCAAAGAGGAGAAAUAUAGUGCACCUAAAAAGCAGCCUUCACGUAGAUUUGAAGAUAACGAGCUCCCAGUGAGCCAAAAGCCAGAAAAACAUUAUAAGGUAGCAAAUGAAGGCCAGGACACUUGGGAUUUGUUGAAUGGAGGGAACCCUUUCAGAUUCUUUGUCACUAAAGUCAAAGGUAUUAAGUCUAAGUACAACUCUGGAGCACUUCACAUAAAAGAUAUUUUGUCUCCUCUCUUUGGGACUCUUGUAUCUUCUGCUCAGUUUAACUAUUGUAUAGAUGUGGAAUGGCUCAUAAGACAGUAUCCACAGGAAUUCAGGAAAAAACCAUUAUUAAUAGUACAUGGUGAAAAGCGAGAAUCCAAGGCUGAGCUGCACGCACAGGCACACCCAUAUGAAAAUGUUCGCCUUUGCCAGGCUAAGCUGGAUAUUGCCUUUGGAACUCACCACACGAAAAUGAUGUUGUUGUUAUACGAAGAAGGUCUUCGAGUUGUGAUACACACAUCCAAUCUUAUUGAUGAUGAUUGGGACCAGAAAACUCAGGGAAUAUGGCUAAGCCCCCUAUAUCCACGGCUACCGCAUGGAGCCACUGGUUCUGCUGGUGAAUCUGUAACCAAUUUUAAGUCUGACCUAAUAUACUAUUUGACGAGUUAUAAUUCCCCUACUCUCAAGGAAUGGGCUGACAUCAUCCAAGAGCAUGAUCUUUCAGAGACCAGAGUAUAUCUGCUUGGAUCAACCCCAGGACGAUACCAAGGCAACCAAAAAGAAAAAUGGGGUCACCUUAGACUUAGAAAGCUUUUGAAAGAGUAUACAUCACCAAUACCAGCACAAGAAUCUUGGCCGGUGAUAGGACAGUUUUCAAGUAUUGGAUCAAUGGGAGCUGACCAAUCCAAGUGGUUGUGCUCAGAAUUUCGAGAGAGCCUGGUUACGCUAGGCAGUAGUGUGAAGACUCUAGCAAAACCUGACGUUCCUAUUCAUUUGAUUUACCCUACUGUGGACAAUGUGAGGCAAAGUUUGGAAGGAUAUCCUGCUGGUGGCUCUCUUCCAUACAGUAUACAAACUGCACAGAAACAACUUUGGCUGCACUCUUAUUUCCACAAAUGGUCAGCAGAAACCUCAGGGCGCAGCCAUGCUAUGCCUCACAUUAAGACUUACAUGAGGCCAUCUCCUGACUUCCAGAAGAUUGCGUGGUUUUUAGUUACAAGUGCCAAUCUUUCCAAAGCUGCCUGGGGAGCUCUGGAGAAAAACGGCACGCAACUGAUGAUUCGUUCAUAUGAACUUGGAGUCCUUUUCCUGCCUUCAGCAUUUGGAUUGGAUACAGGUUACUUCCAUGUGAAGAAGAAAAUGUUUUCAGGAAGUAAUGAGCCAGUGACAUCCUUUCCUGUGCCUUAUGAUCUGCCCCCAGAGCAGUAUGGAAGCAAAGAUCGCCCAUGGAUUUGGAAUAUUCCUUAUACCAAAGCACCUGAUACACAUGGAAACAUGUGGGUUCCAUCAUAAAAGCUUCAAACCCACUGUGAGAUUUCAGCAUCUGACACUGAGCCUCCUACCAUAGCUAUGAGACUAAUUAAUUAUUUCUGAUUUUCACAUGUGGAGUUGUGCACGGGAUAACUAGCUUCUUCUUAUGUCAUAUGUCAAUAAUAUUGAGGAAUUGUUUUGGAGAGGAGAGGAAGGGAGAAUCCUUGGAGAAUAUGUAGCUAUAUUGAUCUUUAUAGACCUCCCAAAAAUAUAACACUGUAAUUUUAAACUACCAUUUUAUAUUCUCUUCUUAUUGUAGUGGCCAUUGCAUUUUGGAAGGUGUUAAAAUGACAGUGUAAGCUUAUGUUCAAGGUUCCCACUGUUUUUAGCCAGAAUAUAUUCAAAUCUGUUAGUAUUCUUUUGGACUGUUUUCGGGCCCCUCUUGACCAUAGUAAGAGAUUUGUAUGUACAUUUUGAAAUUAGAAAGUGAAUAAAAGGAAAUUUUGUUACAUUUUUCAUCAAUAUGAAACCAACGUCUUUGGU